UCCUUUUCUUUCUGGCUCGCACACGAUUCUCCGUUUUUCUCUCCCUUUCCUCGUCGCGGACGGUCCAACACGCGCGAGAUCUCCCGUUUAGGACACUCGGAGAUCCAUCGCGCGAAACCUGAUGCACCCGAUCGACCGGGGAUUUCCGUGUUCCACGAGUAUCUUGCAAGUUCGAGGACGAUCGUCCCGAUUGGGAUCGCUUAUCGAUAUCCUUGUGACGGAACAUGAAAUGUUCCACGUGAGAGUGACAGUCUCGAGUCUCGCGUCUUGGGAUUCCAUAUCCGGGGACACUCCCUUUUAACGAAAUCGGCGGUGCCUACGUGCCGACGAGCGCCGACGAGUGCCGAUUAAACGCACCGCUAAUGAGCUAGCGAGGCCGAAAAUUAGAUCAUGAGUUCCGGAGAUACAACUGAUACAACUGACAAUGCGGCGGCAGCUGAUUCCUUCAGUGUAGCUGCACAUAUAACUGACAAUGCGGCGACGGCAGCUGAUUCCUUUGGUGUAACUGCGCAAACGAAUUGGGUCCAAUUUGAGGAGGAGACAGAUUCGAAAGAAGCUACCAAUGUCGAAAGAAAAGCCGGCAACAGUAACGCGCCUGCCGUAAUAAAGCCCGAGUCGGUUACUGUACAGGUCGACAAAAUCAGCAAAAGUAUUGACCCACCUGAUAUUAAUAAUAAGAAAACCAAUGAGUAUAGAGGUGCUGUGAUAGCAACCGAAUCCGUCCAGAUUAACUUAGAUAGAUCAGGUUUAAGUCGUUCUAUCACGUCCGAGACUCCGGAUCUUAAAUUACCGUCUGACGUUCGAGCGUCAGAAGUCAAGAGCGCUUCUUUGAAGACCAUUGACCUGAGGGAUGUGUCCAAUGGAAGAAAUGCACCGAGUAACGUUAUCAGUACGUCGAUUGGAAACAUCAGGCAGGGUUUUGCCAAUGGCGAUACCAUAGUUACUCUUCUGCCGGUAAAUACAAAGUGGCCAUGGAUUACUCCGGCCAGAUUCAGACCGGAAUUGGUACCGGAGGAAUUGAUGGCACAAGGAUUAACCCUUACAGUGGAAGAUUAUGUUCACAUAAUGGAAUUACUUGUGAAUGAUGUACGCUUUAAUAUGUAUAACAUAUGCUACAAGAGGAUCCUCGUCCUUUGGAUAUUUACCGCCUUCGUUGUGCUGCUUGGUUUAUUGUUCUCCGGCGUGACUGGCCUCACUUUGUUUGGACUGGGUGUUAUGUGGUUAAUCCUGAACGCAGCUGCAAUAUUUUUCUGCAUGUUUAUCAAGAUAAAGCUCAAUCAUAACCUUGAGAAAUGUAUGGCUCAAGUUAACAAACAUUUAUUAAGACAUAAAAUAUUAUUGGGAUUGGAUGAUAGAGGGAAAAUCUCCUGCCACAAAGUUAAUCUGUGUUUCAUAUACUUUGAUACUACGGAUUGCGUUAAAAAGCUGCAGGAAGUAAUAGAACGGGAAGAACGCGAAGGUAGAAUAAUUGGUGGCGAUGAUGCAAACGAUAUAAAUCGGCAACGAGAAUUACAGCAGCGUAUGGACAUUGAUGACAGUGACAUUGUUAUACAAGGCAGCACCACUACAAGAAUCUCUCGUAAACAGGAACGGGCGGAGUUGCUGUUGCUGAGGUAUGCGUCUCGAUGGGCACGUCACUUCGUGCGUCGCAGACUUGAUCUGGUUAUAGACUCGCAGGAACGUGAUAGAGGCGUUAUGGGUCUGUCUGUUCCACCGCGCCAUUGUGUCUCCGCCCGUUGUCCUUGUCAAUUCAUUGAGGACCAUCUCAAACACAAGCCGAGAGCCGGACGGAAGAUGAUGAAUCUCAAUAUAUUACCUCAUCCGCAUAUCAUCAGCACGUAAUAAUAAUUUCUAAUAUUAUGGUAUCCACCAGGAUUUACGUGGUGUGCCUACCUUAGUGAACCUGUGAACCGAUUUGACAUGGUACCAAGUUUUUCCCAUUAAAUAGUUUCUGUCUUUACAGAUCGUGUUGAUACAAUAUCGUUCGAAUAUAUAGACAGAUGAGCUAUAUAUCAAAAUAAGUUAUAUGUACAAAGAAAGCUAUUUACGCGUUAAUUUAAUUAUAUAUCUUUUAUUCGCGCAUUUGUUUAG